AUGGUCAAGGACACAAACACUGUUAUUGAAGAGUUUAAUUCCCUAGUAAACAUGUCCGCUUCAGAACUUGGCGACUGGCUGCAGGGCAAACAAUCUCAAUCCUCGGGCUGGAGCAAACCCGACUUGAGCGAUAACGAAACAAUUGGACAUGAAAGUGGCCGCAAAAUAGUAUCUAUCCUCCAAAAGAAUCCGUGUAAAGAUCCCGACAGGUACGACGGCGAAGACAUCCAGCAUAUGAGGCGUGUUGUCGCAUAUUGCAAACGACAUCUCGCUCAGGAGGGUGUGGCCAAACAGAACACAAACAGCAAAAGCUACAAGAGUAUGAAGAACUGGGGACAUGAUCCGUUGAAGACAUAA